GUAUAAUAAAGCGAGCUACACAGCCAAGCUAGAGCGGUGCCGGGUGAAAAUAAAUCCGACGUAAAAAGCCGAGUGAAGACAAAGGUUCCGCAGCAAGUUUCCAGGUUGUGGUGAUAAGAUGAAGGCCAUGCAGGUGAUUUCCUUGACUCUGCUGUCUGUCCUUGCAGCCAGCGCUCAAGUGUUGAAGUCCGGAAAAUGUCCUAAACCUGCUGUUCAAGCCGACUUUGAUGCUUCCAGGUACCUUGGUAAGUGGUAUGAGAUCAAGAAGCUGCCAGCAUUCUUCCAGAAAGGGGAGUGCAGCACUGCCACCUACAGUCUGAAGAGUCCUGGAGUCGUUGGGGUCCUCAACAGUGAGCUGCUUGAUGAUGGUACCAUUAAUUCUAUCAUCGGCUCUGCCAAGGCCAAGAACCCCGCUGAGCCUGCCAAGCUGGAGGUCUCUUUCUUUGAAGGAUCUCCCCCUGGUCCCUACUGGGUGCUGUCCACCGACUACGAGGGUCACUCUCUGGUCUACGGCUGCACCGACUUCGGCCUGUUCCGCACAGAGUUUUCCUGGAUCCUGAGUAGAGAGCCCACCCUGUCUGAGGAGACCGUAGAGGAGCUGCACGGCAUCCUGUCCUCCGUCGGAGUCAAUGUGGACAAGAUGGUCCACACCAUCCAGGAUGAGACUUACUGCAGCGCCAUGAACCAGUAAACGGAGACACUCCUGUUUCAGCCUGUAAGGCAGGGUGACUUAGAUUCAUGACAUGACACACUAUAUGCUGUCUUCAUGCAAAGUCAAUGCAAUAAACCUGUAAAACAAA